AUGAGCAGAUGCAGACUUUUGUGCAAGUGCAGUAGAGCAGAAAAGAGCAGUCUGAUAUUGUGUCGAUACAGAAUUGAGAAGAAGCUGAAAAAUGAAGGAAAUUGUUUUGAAAACCCAAGGCCGGAUCCCUUUGUGCCCGGGGCAGUUAAAGUUCUGCACCCUGUGAUGGCAAAAUGGUCAUUAAGUAAGGGGUCUUCCUGUAAGGUUUUUGUAGACAACUUAGUGCAUGGUGAUUUGCACCCAGGAAACAUUUGGUCGAAAACAGUGCCAAGGAAGGGGCAGCAAGGCAGUCUCAGGAGAUGUUUGGUUUUUGGUGAUGGAGAGUCUGUGGCAGACUUGUUCCUCAGUAAUAGUGAACAUUGCUGUAAGGACCCUGAAGCCUUUAAAGCAGAGAUGACAAGCCUUGUAAAUUCAGCUAGGGAAGAUACAAUAGCAUUAUCACAGAUUGAUGUGGGGGUCCUGCUGCAACAAGUCUUGAGGAUCCUCUUACAUCAUCAGGUGCGGCUGGAAUCUGCCUUCAGUGCUGUGGUCUUGGCAGUCUUUGUUCUGGAAGGUCUUGGUCGAGCAUUAGACCCCAAUAUGGAUAUCUUAGAGAGAGCAAGACCAAUCUUGGUUACUGGAAAAGUGAAAUGAUUAUGAUAGUUUAUGAUC